GAAGCUAAACAACGCGUAAAGACCCCCAAAUUUCUUCUCCAUAGAUUCAAUUCCACAAAUCUUGAUUGAAUUUUCAAUCAGAAAUCAUCGAACCCUAACGAUGUCGAUUCAAAUUACACAUCUUCUCGUUUUCCUCUCCAUCGCAAUCGCCGUCGUCUCCGCUUUCUCCCCCGCCGAUCACUACCUCAUUGACUGCGGCACUGCCGAAUCCACCACCACGGUUGACCUAGACCACCGGAGCUUUACCGGAGACGGAUCAUCUUCGAUUCUUUCAGCAACCAGAUCAGUGGCGUCGAGAAAUUCGAAUGCGAAUCCCAAUUUGUCACCAAUUUAUCACACUGCUAGGGUUUUCAUGAAACCGUCAGAUUACAAGUUCAAAAUCAAGGAAAAAGGGACGCAUUUGGUACGUAUUCAUUUUCAGAGAUUCAAUUUUCAGAAUAUUGGUAGUGUAUGUCAUGAUCAAUUUCAUGUUUCUGCUAAUGGAUAUGUGUUGUUACACAAUUUCUCUGCUCCAAAACGGAACCCUAGUAUUAAGGAUUUUUUGAUCUCGAUUGAUGAUGAUGAGCUUGUGAUUAGGUUUAUUCCGGUAGAUAAAUCUAGUUUUGCGUUCGUUAACGCAAUUGAGGUCAUUUCUGCUCCUAAAGAUUUGAUUCCUGAUAAUCAAAGUGACGGAGUUAAUAUGAAACAUGCAUUUGAAACUGUUUAUAGAAUUAAUGUUGGUGGUGUUAAAGUAACCCCUUUCAAUGAUUCUUUAUGGCGAAAUUGGGUUCCUGAUGAUGAGUUCUUGAAAUCUGGUGACGAUUCCGUGAAAAGUUACAGCAAAAUUCACUUUGAUGGUCGAAUUCAGUACCAUUUAGGUGGUGCGAGCCGUGAAGUUGGCCCCGAUAACGUUUACAACUCCGCAAGAAUCGUUUCUAGUUUGAACGAUUCAAUCCCGAAACUGAAUAUAACUUGGCUUUUCCCUGUAAAGAAUGGUUUUAGCUAUCUUGUGAGAUUGCAUUUCUGUGAUAUUGCAAGUAUCUCACUUGGAAUGAUUUAUUUCAACGUUUAUCUAAACGGGAAUUUGGCAUACGAGAAUCUUGAUCUUUCGACCCUUGCAAACUACAAGUUAGCUUCUCCAUUUUAUGCCGAUUUCGUGGUUGAUUCCGAGAAGUUUUCUGGUGUUAUAAGAGUUGAUAUUGGUCCUUCAAGUUUAAGUAUGCCCCAUGCGGUUGAUGGUAUAUUAAACGGUUUGGAGAUAUGGAAGAUGGAUAAUUCGAUGAAAAGUCUCGAUGGAGAAGUGUUUGCUGACCAAUUGGAGUCGAAGAACCGAUCGAAUGGUCAAAUGGGUCGUUUAUUAUCAUUGACUGCCGCCGUUUGCUUGUUGGCAAUCGCGUUUCUCGUUAUGCGAAGAAAAACCGAAGCAAAACAUUCCACCGGAUGGUCACAACUACCCGUUGAUAUGCCUGAAAUUGAUCUUAAAUCUAUCCAUCAGAAAUCAACUGGGGUCAACGUUUAAUUUCAACGAGCGGAAAAGAUCGGAAUUCGAGGAAUAGCUACCGAAAUGUGGAUAACGACUAUAAACAGUAAGUUUUUAAGGCUUCUGAUCCAUCAUAAUCGAGUUUUUAUUGUAAACUAACUAUCGAGUGACGGAAGAAUAUCGUAGUUUUCAAGAAUGAACGGUUUUGGACAAACUUUCCACCGUUUUGUCUGAUUCCGUCCUUGCGAAAACUACGUUCUUUCUGGAACGAUGGUUUUUUUGCAACGAAGAUCCAGUUACGAGAUCAAGAAAUCAAUUCACUUGUUUUCCUUGCAGUAUAUAUAUAUAAGUUGUUGGUUUGUUAGAUUCUUGAACGUUAAUAUGAUGCAAAUUUAGGAACCUCAUUACAUUAUGAUGUUGUAGUAAUUAUUCAAUUAUGCAGACAAUGUUUUUAUGAAAUUAUUCAAUUGCAAACUUUUUAGGGUUUGAUUGGU